UCUGUACAUUUUUUGCAUAUUGAAAAGAAACAAACAUUGGAAUUUGACUUUCUCUAAAGUUACAACAAACUCAAAGACAUUUCUUAAUUAUGCAAAGUACUAUUUGCAUGUAUUUGAGGCAGCAUGAGGGUCCAAUAACUGAAUGGAACCCCAAUUAUCUUCAGCAGGAAGACCACGGAUCAUGGUCUUUCUGCACUGUGCCUUGGUGGCAGCUGCUCCAGGCUUUUGUGCAUCCCUCAGCAUUUAUUUUUGGACCAUGAAAUGUGCCAGUCUGCAACGUUCAGUUGGGGUCCUUGUUCUGGAAGACCAAAAAGCAUCACUUACAGAGGUGAUGGUCCUCCACGCGUAGUCAGUUUGUCUUGGUAUGCGUCCUGGGAAGCAGCCCAUAGUACACAGCAUCCUGUAACAAGCGCUGCUUGGAAAGAACCUUGACAAAAACCACUGCAUCUCUCUCUCCAGACUUCAUUUGCGAAAGUAUACUGCCGAAGGAGAUGUGUGACAAUCACGUCCCCCCCUGCAGCCACUUUGAGGGCAGUGUGCGGUGGCGCAGACCAACUGGGCAUUCAUGAAGGAUCUCACAGUUACUGCUCUUCUCACCAGCAGCCAAGCGACGUCCUGUUGCUUGUUGGAAAGUUCUGGUGAUGAGGUAUUCUGUCAAAUGACUUUGACAUUUUGCUCAGGGAAUGACCUAACAUGAUCAACCUUCUCCUAUUCCUGCAGGGUCUCGAGGAUGCUAUGUGCUGACCACUUCCUGAUGGACUUGUGGUCAAAGGUGUUUUCCUUUCACAAAUUUCUCCACGAGGGACAGGGUGAUACAGAACGGUGAUACUCGCAGCAUUCUGCAGCAACAAGGCAAGACCUAUCCUUUUUAACACUGGGGACAGGUAGAACCUCAGUACAUAGUAACACUUGCUGUUUGUGUACUGAGGGUCUAUGCACAGCUUGAUGCAGCCACACACAAAGGUGGGCAUCAGGAUGAGAGUGGCAUUGGAUACAUUCUUCCCGCCCUUUAUUUAGAGCUUUAUACAUGGCAUCCCUUCAGACUUGGUCCAUCUUUGACCUCCAGGUGCAUUGUAAGAUGGCUUGAGUAACUGCAGCAGCACAGGCUUGGCAAAAAGGCAAGACCUGCGUCACAUACAACAGAGAGGAUGCCUCACAACUGAUGACCAGGUGUUUACCCGUGAUGGAGAGGCAGCCCUGCCUGAUUCCAGAACUGAUCAGGAAGCUUGCUGAUUCCCACACACUGAAUAAGACUGCAGUAACGAUUUUGGUGUGCAGCAGUCGAGUCCAAUGGUGGAUUCCUUCCCCAAAGCCCAUUUUGGAGAGCACAUCCCACAUGUAUGUGAUAAAAAUCAAAAGAACAGUGGAUGCAAAAAAUCAGAAACAAAAACCUACUGGAAAAUCUCAGUAGGUCUGGCAGCAUUUGUGAAGAGAAAUCAGAGUUAACGUUUUGGGUCCGGUGACCCUUCCUCAGAAUGUAGGUGUGUGAUAUCCUGUCAAAGGCCUUCUCCUGGUCCAGGCUGAUGAGGAGGCAACCACCUCCUCAUCCUGCACAUAGGUGAUUGUAUCCCUGAGGAGUGUGAGGCUUUCAGAGAUCGUCCUGCCUGGUACAGCACAGGUUUGGUUGGGGUGAAUCACUGAUCCCUGAGCAGACCUGAUCCGGUUCGUGAUGACCUUGGACAGGAUUUUGUAAUCCAUGCUCAACAGUGAGAUUGGUUGCCAAUUUCUAAUUUCAUCCUUCUCCCCCUUCCACUGGUAGAUGAGGGUGAUGAUACCUUUCCUCAUGGAUUUGCACAUGUUACCUGCCAGAAGCGUACUGUUGUAUCCUUCCUUCUAGCUGGUCUUGGCCUAUCAAGUCCCACAGAGCAAAAUACAACACAGCUGGUAAGCUGAGAUAGCAAGAACUACAGAUGCUAGAGUCAGAGAUAACAAAUUGUGGAGCUGGAGGAACACAGCAGGCGACGCAGCAUCAGAAGAACAGGAAGGCUGACGUUUACGGUCAGGACCGUUCUUCUUGCUUCUGGGAAUGUGCCUGUCUCAGUGUCUCUUCUUGUCUGCUCCUCUAGGCCUGCUGGUCCUCCAGAUGCUGGUGACCAUCUAUCCCCAGGGCUUCUCUUCUUGCUUGCUCCUCUGCCACAACAUGGUGACACCAUCAGAAGCAGGAGUUUCCAUACUUGUGCUAUUAAAAGUCCUGGUUUAGCAUCCUGUUUUCAAAAGCGGUGGCUCAGUUAUGUGGGGUGUUACAGGACGAAGUUGAGGAUUUAUCAUUCUGGUCAGAGAGAGGAAGGGCAGAGGGAAUAGUGAAAACUUGGCAAAGGUGAGAAUAAGAGGAGGAAUGGAGUCAAAGUAAAGUGAAGUUGAAGAACCUGAUGGAGAGCUAUUUGUAUCCAACUGUACUACAGCUUGAGAUCCUUAACACUUAAUGAAGAUUUGAGUUAAAGACUUAAAUGAGGCGAAGGAUGAAACUGCCCCCAACUUCAAGCUGGUCUGGAGGACUACAGGAAGAACUGACACCACCGUUCGAUCUUCCUCUGCCUGUUCGUUUUGGACGCUUGCGGUCCUCCAACGUGAGCGCCCCCUGGUAAGGAGGACUAUAAUCGCAGCUGGCGCCGCCGCUCGUUCUUCCACUGCGUGUCGUGUUGGAGGUCCUCCACGGUGUCCGCCCCCUGGUUAGGAGGACCUAUGAUCGCAGCUGGCGCCGUUGCUCGCUCGCUCUCCCUUCUUUCACUUGUCCUUCACGCCAUGACGUCAGGUACCGGAAGGUCAGAGGCUGUGAGCGGAAGUAAGUGCUGGAGUGCUCCGCCAUUGUGUGUGUGUGUGUGUGAGAGAGAGGGAGAGCAAUUACCGUCCCCUAUAGGGGCAGCCAGCACCACCUCAGCAAACAUCAUACACACACACCGGGGAGGGGAAAAUAAAGCUGCACGGCGGAGACUAAACAAACCGCGGCGUCGCCCUCUUGUUGGGCUUUUUCCAAAAAAAAAUUGCAAUUGUUUGAACCGGUAUUGCCUCAGGCUGGUGCUGGGAGCGCGGGUUGAAGAGGAUUCGGCCGAGCCGGAGGCCGAGCUCCUGCCGCCCGCCUGCCGCUGCUCUUUGAUGAAGAAUGUCUGCUACCAGCGUGGAUCAGAGACCGAAAGGCCAGGGAAGUAAAGUUCAGAACGGUUCAAUGCAUCAAAAAGACUCAGUGAACGAUGAUGAUUUUGAACCUUAUUUAACCAGCCAGACGAAUCAGAGCAACAGCUACCCACCAAUGUCCGAUCCGUACAUGCCCAGUUAUUAUGCUCCUUCCAUUGGAUUUCCAUAUUCUCUUGGUGAAGCUCCCUGGUCAACAGGGGGAGAUCCUCCAAUGCCAUACUUAACAACAUAUGGACAGAUGAGUAAUGGUGAGCAUCACUUUAUACCGGAUGGUGUAUUUAGCCAGCCUGGGGCCUUAGGGAGCACCCCACCAUUUUUGAAUCAACAUGGAUUUAACUUUUUUCCUGGGAACGCAGACUUUUCUACUUGGGGAGCAAGUGGAUCUCAAGGACAGUCAACCCAAAGUUCUGCAUAUAGUAACAGCUAUGGGUACCCGCCUAGUUCUCUUGGAAGAGCCAUAGCUGAUGGACAGGCUGGAUUUGGCAGUGACUCUUUGAGCAAGGUGCCUGGCAUAAAUAGCAUUGAACAAGGCAUGACAGGACUGAAGAUUGGAGGAGAUAUGACGACAGCUGUCACUAAAACUGUAGGUUCUGCUCUUAGUAGUACAGGUAUGUGCAGUAGCAUUGUUGCUAAUAGCACCCCAGCUACAAGCACUUCAGCACCUAAGCCUACAUCCUGGGCUGCUAUUGCUAGGAAACCAGCAAAGCCUCAGCCAAAAUUAAAGCCUAAGACUAACAUGGGACUAGGUGGACCUGCAGUACCACCUCCACCUAUAAAACACAACAUGAAUAUUGGAACUUGGGAAGACAAAGGCAAUGUACCCAAAGUCCCGCCUGCACAGCAAGUUAUGCCUCCUCAAGUAGUUGUACAGCAGCAUCAGCUUCCCCAGCAACCAAUUGCUAUUCAGACCCACCCAACAAAUCAGCAACAACCACAGAAUCCAGGACCUCAACAACCUCCGUCUCAAGGUCAGCAGCAGCCGCAAAAUCGUUGGGUGGCUCCUCGCAAUCGGGGAGCUAGCUUUAGUCAGACCAGUGGAGCAAGUAGUGAGAGUUUUGUGUUGGGUAUAGCAUCGUUAAGCACUUCGCCGUCUGGAGGAGAAGUACAUCCUGUAUUGGAAAAACUAAAGGGCAUACACAACUACAACCCCAAAGAUUUCGACUGGAGUCUGAAGACAGGUCGAGUAUUUAUAAUUAAAAGCUACUCUGAGGACGAUAUACACCGUUCUAUCAAGUACUCUAUUUGGUGCAGUACAGAACAUGGUAAUAAACGUUUGGAUGCUGCUUUUCGCUCUUUGAAUGGUAAAGGACCACUCUAUUUACUCUUUAGUGUAAAUGGGAGUGGACAUUUUUGUGGAGUGGCUGAGAUGAAGUCAGCAGUGGACUAUAAUGCUUUUGCUGGAGUUUGGUCACAGGAUAAAUGGAAGGGCAAGUUUGAAGUUAAGUGGAUCUUUGUGAAAGAUGUACCCAAUAACCAACUUCGGCAUAUUCGUUUGGAAAACAAUGAUAACAAACCAGUUACCAAUUCAAGGGACACACAAGAAGUGCCCCUGGAAAAAGCCAAGCAAGUGCUUAAAAUAAUUGCUACUUACAAGCAUACCACUUCAAUCUUUGAUGACUUUGCACAUUAUGAAAAACGACAAGAGGAGGAGGAAGCCAUACGUAGAGAGCGGAAUAGAAGCAAAUAGUAACUGAAAGGGCAUGCUGCACCGUAGUUACAACACUAAAGACACGAACCUUGGAAAUUUACUAGUAUCUUCCAGGAACUAUGGUUAUUGGAACUUUACUGCUCAAGGCGACCUCUUUUAAACACUUGAACACAAGAUUGGCUUUCCCUGUUGGUUCUCGUUGCUGCAUUUGCCCUUAUACUGUUGUUUCACAAAACACAUUUGAGCUCUAUAUUUCAAGCACUUUCUGCCUUCCUAAAGCUUUUUAUCAAUAACUAUCUUUCUAAAUUCAACCUCUCUGUUGAAAUCCAGAAAUUGAGUGAAUGUGAGAAACCAAUUAAUUUUUUUUGGAUUUGUUUAAUACUAACAAUUAAUGAGUGUAGUUUGGUCAAUGAUCUGAGAUUUCACGAUGCUUAGCUCUUCAACAUACUUUUUUUUCUGUUGUAAGAUUCAUUUUUAAAUUAAUUUUAGCUCUACAGAAACCAUUUGGAUAUCAUGUAAUUUUUAGUUCAAACUAAUAAAUCCAGCAUAUUGCCUAUGUGAAAAUUAUUGUAGUAAAUAAAGUGAAUAAAUGGAAUUAAUAUUUUUUGCCAAAUGUGAAACAAAGCAGAAGUUAUGCAAGAUUCUUCCCCAAAUUACUCUUGGUUCUGAAAUAUAAUUUUUAAAAAUGUAUGUGCAACCAGUUAAAUACAAUGCUUUCUUUAUUGUACUAUGUAUUACAUAGGUUUCAGAAAAGUGCAUUUGUCUAUGGAGGAGAUGCUAGAUGUUUGAUACAAACAUUGAUGACACUGUCCUAAGUAAAUGUACCUCAGUUUGAUUUAACUUUUUAGACUUCUGUAAUGUCUUUUAAAUACAACUUCCUACCUUUUGAAUGUUUGCCUUUCUGGCAGAUUACUAUCAUGGAAGUGGAAAAUUUUCUCCUCUUAGGUGAUUCACUAGCUUAAUAAAUCCAAUACUUGUUUAGCAAGUGUUAUGGUAUGAGUUAAUUUGCAAUGUUUCGCAUUUUCAUACUACUAUACAGAAAAUCAACCAACUUAGGAGAUACUGAACCCAUAGUCUCCUGUUUACGUAAACCACUAUAUUGACACUCUGACAUAAUUGCCUUAAUUUAUAAUAUGUAUGUUCAGUAGGUUUCAAUAGCCUAAUUAAUAGAAAAUUGACUUUUUAUAAGCACAGAGCUUAAAAUCACUGUUUGUAUUUUAAAGGCUAUUUAAGUUAUUUUAGCACACUAUUUUUCAAUGUAUUUAAAUUUGGCAGUAUCCUAAUGUGAUCUUGUAGUUGUGUGUUUAUAAUGUCCAGGAUCAUUUAAAUCUAUCACAUUAAGAUAGCAGUGCAUAUUUAGAAUUUAUCAACCCCAAGUAGUUGCAUUGUGUACAUGUCUAAGUAACAAAUGGCUUAUUUGCUUUUUAGUCCUGCAUAUAUUGGAAUUAAAUGAACUAGCAUAAAGACAAUUGAGUGUAAAUUAGCAUCGAUAUGUAUAACUUCUAUGCAUUUAUUUUAAGUAGUUCCCUGAUUGCAGUCUCAUCGAUAUUUUUUUUCUCUCUCUCAGUUCAACUACCAUACAGAUAUCAAUUAGUACUGUACUGGCUAAAAUAGUUGCCUUUGGAUUGAUUUCUUCUUGGUCUUCUGGCAACAAGAGUUUUUUCUAAAUUACUAUAACUUUCCUCAUGUUUUGUAGAUCACUUGUCCUAAUUGAUAGACUGCAAGUGUUUUGGGACAAAGUGUAAAUUCCUGAAAGCUUUCAUGAGCUUUUCAAAGCUAUUUUAUUACCUAUAAGAAUUGCAUGCACUUUUGUCUCUCGCUGUGUAUGUUGCAUGGAGUAAUGCAUCUUUUCCUGAUCUCUCUAAAGUAAUUAUCCAUAUAGCUGUCUUUAAAUGAUUGACAGCAAAAGAAUAUUCACCUGGGAGCAUCAAUAUUGCAGUUUGUUUCCCUGAUUUUAAAACCGUGUACUUUGGUCAGGAUAAUUUAACUUGAAUGUUGAUCUACUUCAACCUUAUUUUUUAAAUUGUGGGUCUGUGAAAGAAAAUUGAAGUAGAAUGCAGAGUAAGAAGUAUAUCGUGAUUAAAUGAAAUGAAGGUAUUGCAUGAAUGGGGUAAAAAUAUUCUUUUGAUUUCGAAAACAGUACCAUUUUUAUCUCUGAUUUUAUUAUAUAAGUGUCAAAUUUGGAGGCUUUCCCAAACCCUGAUGGGACUUAUUAUGCUAAUAAACUGCUGGUAUAAUUUGAUUUGUUCAGUAGAAGUAAUUUUGGAACAGAUUUACAAAACUGAACUCUUGUUAUUAAGGCCAUUAUCCAGGAAACAGUAUUGCAAUCAUAAAUAUAAAUUGCAUAAUGUUUAGAAGAUCUAUUUCUGAUAUUUCUUGUACAAAACUUGAUUAAAAGCUGGUCUCCUAUUGUUCUAUUUCUAAAAAUAUGCUGUUUUCCAUUUGCAUUAAUAAGCCAUAAUUUACUUGUUACUUCAUUUACUUUAUCUUCUCACUCAUCAUUGGUCACUUCCCAUUUUCUAUCUCAAAUUUUGAAUUGCUGUUUCAUGUUUAAUUAAAGAUCAAAAGAUCAAA